AUUUGUCACUCGGCAGUUGAAUCGAUUGCACAGCAAACAACGAACACAACCUCAAAUCAAACUCAAAAAAAUUGCACAAUAAUUGAAAGAAGCAGCUAGUGGAGCACACCAAACGAGAAAUCAACAAUGGAAUGGGCACAAAGUUUUUUAUGGCUGAAGAAAACACACAAAAAAACACUCGCCGAAGAAAUAACAGAGCGAAAUAAGGAAACGUUAAGAAAAAUAAAAAAACGUUUGUGGAAAAAGGAUACUUUACAACCCGGAGAAAGAAAAACAAAAUAUAUCAAUCUUUUUGAUGGGGAAAUUAACGGAAAUGAUGAAUUUCUUCUAAAUGAACGCAUUAGAUGGUUGAGUCCGAAUCAAGAUGAAAAAUGUAACGAAAUAUCAACAGUUUAUCGAAGACGUGGUAACGAAAUUGUUUGCGCACACACUGCAAUGCUCGAUUACAAUAGUAGUUUACGGUACGCGAUACCUGGUUCGGUACAUGCCGCUUUGGCGUAUGCAAAUAGAUCGGUGUGCUUUUUUGAAAUGAAAGCAUUCAAACAAGCGCUGGCAGACAUCAGAAUGGCAAAAUUAAAUCAAAAUUUUCCUCAACAUUUGAUGCCAAAACUUGAACUAAUUAGAGCUUUCAGUGAACUCUUACCAAUGGUGGAUGUCAGUCAAAAUGUUAAACAAAAUUCAGUUUACCCAGUGUUGGCCAAUGCUGUGAAACUCGAAAAUUCAAAAAACUAUAAAAAAUAUGGUCGACAUUUGACAACGAGAUAUUCUCUACCAACCAAGCACACAGUUUUGACCGAAGAAGACUACGUGAAAACAGUAAACAACAUAGGAAUUCGUUCAUGCGCCACAUGCUUUGCAGAAAAUCGGAAUUUCAUUUCGUGCCAAAAUUGUACAUCGUCAUUAUUUUGCAAUAAAAAUUGUGAGAAGCGUAACAAAAUACACAGAUGGGAAUGUAAUACUUUCAUAACAAGAAUUGACUAUCAACUUCGAUUCAUCAUUCAUUCGAUUCUAUUGGCACUUCAAGCAUUCACAAACGACGGAAAAACAGACGUUAGAACGACGGACAAGCUGAUGAAAUGUGUUAAAAAAAUGUUAAAGAAUCUCAAAAAAUUACCAAAAAUUAACGAUUCAAAAUCAAUGUAUCAGUUUUAUUUUAAACUAUCAACAUCAAUUCCUGAACUCUCGCCAUCCGGACAUUUAAGAGACAUGAAACUAGUUUAUGUUAUUUAUAAUUUGCUGUUGAAAAUACCGAGAAUUUCUGAACAUUUUCAAUCUGAAUUAAAACAACGUUUCCUCAUGCAUUUGAUCACUCAUCAUUGUAUUGUUAACGACACCAACACUUUCGAUGGAAUGGAUACAUUAUCGUUGGGACUGAUUGGAUCGAUAUUUAAUCAUUCGUGUGAUCCGAACAUCAUAUCUGUAAUCGAUGAGAAUAAAAACCUUUUUAUAACAUGUCGACGGGUGCAAAGAGAUGCACAACUUUUCAUUAGUUACAUUGAUUCCAAACAAUACACUUCCGAACGACAAGCGCAACUUUGGAAAAGUUUUGGUUUUGUUUGCAAAUGUGAAAGAUGUGCACCAAAAAAACUUUCGUUGCUAAACAGGGUUCGAAUAGCGAUGCAUAGUUUAGCCAACCGUUUUGAUAUAGAUUAAAUAUAAAUAAGAUUCACUACGAAAAUUUUCCUGAUAUAAACAAAAACAAUUUGAACAUGACUUAAAUUUUAAUAAAAUGUAUUUGAUUUCAAUCUAAA